AUGUCACUGACUUCUCGACUUCUGGUGCUCACAGCUGGAGCAAUUCUGUUUCUCGCAGGCACUUAUUUCCGAUAUCCGAGGAUCCUUGACGAACUGGUCCAAAUGGCGGAUUCUUCUGCCAUCUCAUCAGUACCCAUCGAGGUGACUUUAUCAUCAGACACCACCGCAUCUUCCAACUUGGGCAAGGCGACCAUCCGUGUCACUCUCACCAAUACUUCCCCCCACUCGAUAUCCGUCCUUCAGUGGCUGUCGCCGCUUGAUACUCGCGCGGUAGCAAUAGGAGCAUUCGCAUUCACCUCCACCAGAACCAACUCCCUCGCCCCAUGUCUGAAUCUGAAAUUGAACCGGAAGCUUCCAGAGUCAGGGUCUUUCCCCGCCGAUGCCAACGAAAUUAUCAGGAUCCCACCAAAGGGCACCGUUGAAAAGGAAGUCGAAGCUAAAGAGCCGGACGUGGCAUUAACGAAAGGCGAACGAUAUCGCGUGGUAGCGCAAGGGCAGUGGAUGAGAGUGUGGAUCCAUAGCGGGGAAAUAGAUCAACCCGAGAAGUUGAGUUUGGAGGACGGCAUUAGCGGGGAGUAUAAAAGCAACGAGCUAGAGAUCGAAAUCGAAGGGUCUUGA